UUUGUGAGCAGAGGAAUGGAGAGGCUGAGGCAGGAGGAUUGCGGUUUAGACAUCUGUGCCACUUGCCACGAACACGCCACGUGCCAGCAGCGAGAUGGCAGGAAGGUCUGUAUGUGCAACUACGGCUUCGUGGGCAACGGGAGGACCCAGUGUGUGGAUAAAAAUGAGUGCCAGUUCGGAGCCACCGUGGUCUGUGGGAACCACACAUCUUGCCACAACACCUUUGGAGGCUUCUACUGUGUCUGCCUGGAAGGCUAUCGAGCUACAAACAACAACAAAACGUUCAUUCCCAACGACGGCACCUUCUGCACAGACACAGAUGAGUGUGAAGGUCCUGGCCUGUGCAGGCCAGGAGGCCGGUGCGUCAACACUCACGGAAGCUUUGAGUGCUACUGCAUGGAUGGAUAUUUGCCCAGGAGUGGGCCCGUGCCUUUCCACCCGAGCAGAGAUGCCACGUCAUGCACAGAAAUAGACUGCGGCCCCCCUCCAGAGGUCCCCGGUGGCUACAUUAUAGGAAAUUACAGCUCACGGCUGGGCAGCCAGGUCCGUUAUAGCUGCAAAGAAGGAUUUUUCCAGGUCGUGGAAGAUACUGUGUCGAGCUGCACCCCCCUGGGCACUUGGGAAUCUCCUGGAUUACGUUGCCAAGAGAUCAGCUGUGGCCAUCCUCCGGAAGUGCGGAAUGCCAUCUUGCUGGGGAAUCACAGCUCCAAGCCGGGUGGUGUGGCUCACUACGUCUGCCAAGAGGGGUUUGAGAGCCCUGGAGGAGAGAUUGCUUCUGUCUGCACAGAGAAAGGCACCUGGAGGGAAAGCACUUUAACAUGCAGAGAAAUAAUGACAGAAAUUAAUAAUGUAUCGGUGUUUAAUAACACCUGUCUGAGGUGGCAAACAAGCUCAGGAAGGAUAAGCUCCGAGAUCACGUACGUGAUAAACAUAAAAGGACAACGGUGGGACCCUGUGGAAUCAGUUCAUGAGGAGACAGUCAACUUGACCACAGACAGCAGGACCCCAGAAGUGUGCCUCAGCCUGUACCGAGGCACCAACUACACUGUGAACGUUUCCACCGCUCCUCCCAGGCGCUCCGUGCCUGCCAUCCUUGGUUUCCAGACAGCUGAAGAUGAUCUCUUAGAAGAUGAUGGAAUUUUCAGUGUCUCGGUAUUCAAUGAAACUUGUUUGAAAUUGAAAAGGCAUUCCAGGAAGGUUGGAUCAGAACAAAUGUAUCAAUUUAAAGUCCUGGGUCAAAAGUGGUACCUGGAUAACUUUUAUCAUGCAACAUCAUUUAACUUUACAACAAGUGAACGAGCUCCAGAAGUGUGUUUGGAUCUGUAUCCAGCAACUGAUUAUACGGUGAAUAUCACCCUGCUGGGACCUCCCAAGCAGCAUUCAGUGCAAAUAACAGUGAUGACUGCACCAACAGUAAAGCAUACCAUCAGUAAUAUUUCAGUAUUUAACGAAACCUGCUUGAGAUGGAGAAGUACGAGGACAGCUGGUACAGAAGAGAUGUAUUUAUUCCGUGUUUGGGGCCAGAGAUGGUAUCAGAAGGGAUAUACCCAGGAAAUGAUAUUUAACACUACGACUAGCAGCCAGUCUCCUGAGAUGUGUUUGGACCUGCACCCGGGCACCAACUACAAUGUUAGCCUCCGGUCUUUGUCUUCAGAACUUCCCGUGGUCAUCUCCCUGACAACCCAGAUAACAGAGCCUCCUGUUCCAGAAGUAGAAUCUUUCACAGUGCAGAGAGGACAUCUACCACACCUCAAGCUGAGGAAAGCAAAGGAGAGAGAUGGACCUAUUAGUUCAUAUCAAGUAUUGGUGCUUCCACUGGCCCUCCAAAGCAUUUUUUCCUGUGAUUAUGAACGGGCCGCCUCAUUCUUUAGCAAUGCCUCCGAUACUGAUGGAUAUGUGGCAGCAGAGCUACUGGCCAAAGAUGUUGCAGAUGAUACCAUGGAGAUAUCUAUUGGAGAUAGGCUAUACUAUGGGAAAUAUUAUAAUGCACCCUUGAAAACAGGGAAUGAUUACCAUAUUGUAUUACGAAUCACACGUGAAUGGAAUGAGGUGAGAAGAUACUCCUGUGCAGUUCUGGCCCAGGUGACAGGUUCGUCCCUCACAGUGGAGCAGAUGCUGGGCGUUGGACUGGGCUCUGUAGCAUUGGUGGUGGCUCUGGCAUUCCUCUCCUUCUUGGCAGUGUGAUUGCAGAUGGUGGUGCGUGGCAAAGCUGCACUGCUGUGGAGCAGAUGUUCUGACAGCUUCUCAGGUGCCUACACAAAGGCCCUGUGUACAUCCAUCCAGAGGGCGUGUGGCACUUGCUCCAUCCCCAGCCUGGCUCAUUCCUGGAUUCAACAUGGUGGCUGUCAAUGGAUUCUUCCAGAAGGAGAAACUCAGGAAUUACUGACCUCUUUCCUGCUCAGGACCAGUACUGUGUCUGUGAACUUGAGACCCUUGAUGUCCAAUGUCAUAUUGACCAUAGGCUACAGAUCACGAGAGUCUGGUGUGUGUGAUGCCUGAGCAUCAGCUCCUCUAGACACCUGAUACACAGUAGUCUCCGUGUCCUCCUUUAUAGCAUCAGUGCUAAUUAGCACCCAUUCUUCCGGACCUGUUCUUCUGUAGGAAGCAAUGAGGUAGGCUUCGGUUUAUGCUAGAAUUUGACUUUAUGAAGGGGGUCAUUCAAAAGGAUAAAUUAGCCCAAUUCCAAGGCUCACUAACAAAUGAAUGGAGAAAAAAAAGAGGUUUAUGGCUUCUUUCUUCUGUUUCCAUUCUCUAGGAUAGGCCUAGAGAAUAAAGAGUAUGUAGGAAGAAAAAGAGGGGUGGUAAUAUUGCACCGGGUCAGGGUGGAGCAUAUAUGAAUGUGGCCCUGGAUUGUUGCACCUAAAAAUCUUAAAAAGUAGAAAACUAUUUUGUGUGUUUUCCACUGUGGGGUGUUGGUGGAGGAGGAGGCUGAGUGGUCUAGCGCUGUGGUUUGGAUAUGAUUUGUCCCCACCAAACCUCACGUGGAAAUUUGAUUGUCAUUUGUGCUGCUGUUGGGGAGGUAGGACCCUUAGGAGGUGAUUAGAAGGUUGUCAGGACAGAUGAGUGCGUUUCCUGAGUGUGACUGUGCUUGAAAUGGCAUGUGCUCUUACCUAAAGCUGAGCAGAUGUCCGUGCCAUGCCCUUGGACUUCUCAAUCUACAGAACUGUGAGCCAAAAUAAACCUCUUCAUUCUAUUACAGGUCAUCCAGCCUCAGGUAUUGUUAUAGCAACAGAAAACAGAGGGUGCCUCCCGGGCGUGUGAGCAGAUGAGGAUAAGACAGGAGCAGGUGGAAACUGUCGUAAGCUGUUCUGUACCAGAAGUGGGGUGGUACAUUCAGUUGGGAAAGAGAAUUGGAGAUGAUGUCUUAACAUUUGUGUAUUCAGUGUCAGCUGCUGGCCCUGGCCCCACCAGCAUUAGGCAGCACUAGGAGUAGUUGCCCUCUGUUCCCUGAGGCACUACCUUACACUGUAAUUUAGGAUUGACAUUUAAAGCCCUUCUUGUUCUCAUCUUAGGUGAAUUAUCGAGUAGGGCUCUCAAUGGAUUAAUACCAAUAGCUUUCUGCUUUUUAAUAUUUCUAGCUGCAACCAUUCAAAAAUCACAUGUUUUUUUUCCACAAUUUUUGAACUCAGUUUGGAAUCAUUACAAAUUAUUAUAGUGUAGUAGGUCCUUGGAUGAAAAAGGAGGAAUUCAGGGCAUCUGUAACAAAAGAGAGAAUUUUCCCUCUCCCCAUUUUGUUAACACUUCUGUAAACACCCUCUCUUUCUGUAUCUCCCUAAUUUCCCACUGUAGAAUUAACUGAUACAGUUGCCUGCUUGGGGCUGCAGUUGCUCCCCAAAAUAGCAGUUGUCUAGAUGGAGACUUAGCAUAAUUAUCCCAGAAAGAAAUCCUACUUGCUUAUUAUCAAAAGUUUUGGGAUAAAAUAACUAACUAAAUAUUACAUCAAAUAGCAACUUCUGGGCAUAGUGCACAAAUAUAGAAACAGUUCAUGUACAAUUACUAAAAUAGCAAAAAUAUGGCCUUCAUCAUUUCUUGCGACUGUUCCAAAUUGUCAUUCAGAGUUGCUCAGUAUUAGUGUGUAACAGAAGCAGGUUCUGAGCAUUGGUGAAAAGGAUGCUUAAUUUUCUUAUAGUUCUUUUUUGAUAGUUUUGUCAUAAACAUGAUGACAGCUUUAAGUUCUCUAAAUUUGCCUGGUAGCUUUACCAUAGUACUGAUUUUUCCCUUCUACGUGGAUUCCUAGCUAAAGGGGAGAAAUUGGUCUUCCUGGGAGACUGUAGGGUCCAUUUGUACGGGUAGUGCCCUGUAGACUAAGGCAUGGAGCUAGCUUGUGAGAAUCACUAAAUAAAUCCCAAUCCCACAGUGAGGAUCGAGGAAUGCUCUUCUCCCCAUGAACUGUCUUUGGACCAGUGUAUAAAAGUGAGCACUUAGAUCUGGUCUGAGCUCCCUUCUAGAUCAGAAAGAAAAACUGAAGAGUUUCUCAAACAUGGAUGCAUCUUCUGUUUUUUUUUUUUUUUUUUCUGCCGCAGUUUCUGUUUAUAUCCUCAGUCGUACAAUAGGCCCGUCCACACGCAAUUUUUCAUGACAUCCCCGGAACAGAUACGUCCGGUAGAAUCAGGGUGAUGAGUCUCUUUUUAGAAUGGUGACAUUGGUUCAGACACCUUUGUGCCUUAUAGGCCAAGUCUUCAGUCAACAAGUCUAGUUUUCUUUCCAGCAUUUGCUUGCUUCUGAACUAGCUACUGAGCUAAUUUUUGGACAGCCUUUUUGGUUCCUGGCAAAGUGAAGCCUUUACAUUUCCAAACAGCUUUCUACAUAUUUUAAAGUAUUACCUUUACAAUAGCACAUGUGUCUUUUAUGCCCAUUUUUUCACUGUAAGGUUCCCCCUCCCUCCGCAUCUCUUCCAUGAGGGACCACAAACAGCAAAGCAAAUGGAUACAGAUUGAUCAGGAAAAAUAGGUAAGAGUUUGUUUUCUGACUCAAGACUGGAACACUGGAAACCAGAGCAGCAGUGAUUAUUUUGAAAUUCCACAUGAGCUUGGAAUAAAGUUAACGUUUAAGGUGAUUUUGUAAGGAGGUAAAAAAUUCUCAGUGUUCCUUUUUUGAUUGCUAACCUCACACUCUGAUUUUCUAGACCUUCUGUUUUUCUAUGCGGUUCUUCUGAGAGAAAACCACGGGUUGUAGCAAUCAACCUAAUAGCCUUGAAGGGCCUUUUGCCUAUGGUACUUGUUGAUUAAAGCCAAGUGCCUGCUUCUAGAAGGGAAGAACAGUGUGGCCUUUCUGGUGCUCAGGUUUGUGGGCUGCCGGUGAUACAAUGAAGCAAAUCAGUUUACAAACCUGUUGUGCUGUUGUUGCAGAGAGACCCAAUGCUUUGAUGGGUGUGGUGUGUAUUGCCAUAGCCAUAAUUUUUGAGUACCAAAGAAAGGGUGUCAAAUGGAGUCAAAUUAUGUGUCACAUGUUUUGUAACAUGUUUUUGCUCAUCGACAUUUCCUGGAUAUGUUUUCCUUGUCAAUAAUGACUACGUUACAAAUGUGUAACAUGGGAAGUGUUACCAGAUGUUCACUAUCCUUAUACAAGUCUGUGUGAAUGUAUGCGAUUACCACUGAAGUUAAAUUCCUAGAAGUGAAGUUGUUGGAAUGAAAACUUUGUGUACUUUACCUCCUACUACAUGUUGCCAGAGAAAUUUCACAGAGAAACUCCUUCGGAUUUCUAACAAAAGAAAGCUUCAGUACCACUAGGCAUUGUUAUUUUUCAUCUUGAUUAAGCUGGUAGGGGAAAAAUGAUGUUUUGAUAUUUUGUUUGCUUUUCUCUGACAAUUUUGCAUGCAGACUGGCCAUUCAUAACUCUGUCUUUGUGAAUGGCCUUUUAAAAAAAUUCAGUACUGUAUUUGGCCUGUUUUUCUUGUAUUGAUUUGAAAAAGCUCCUUAUAUCAUUGUAAUUUUAAUUAUCUGCCAUAUGUUUUGUAAAUAAUUUUUGUAGCUUGUCAGUUUUAGAAUGGAUAACUUUGCUUUUCUUAAAACCUUGUUUGUGUUAUAUAUUGCCAUAAGAAAUUUUUUAAUUUUUACAGACAAAUUUAUCAGUCUUUUUCCUUAGUAUUUUGCUUGUGGUGCCAUGCUUUGAAAGACCUUCCAAUGUCAAGGUAAUAGUUUUGUUUCUUUUUUUUUUUAAACAUUUAAACCUUCAAUCUGUCUGAAAUUUGUUUUAGGAUGGAAAUGAGGUUGGUGGGGAUGAGGAGAGAGGAGUCUUUUUUUAUCAUUGUUAAAUGUUUUAACCAGCUGUCCUAUUAAUAUUCAUUGAUUGUUUCCCACUAGUGAUUUGAUCAUAUUAUGAAUCACAUACGUAAGUCGAUUUCUGAGCUUUUUCUUUCAUACUGAUCUACUUCUAUGCCAGUACCACUUGCUGUAACUUUAAAGUAGUUUUUUAAUACCAGCUAAAUGUAAGUUACUACUAUCUUUAUGUUAAUUCUCAGAGUAUUCUCAGCUUUUAUUACACAUUUGUUUAUGUAUAAGUAUUUAUUAUACAUAAAUCAAAGAAUUACUUCGUCAAGCUCCCCAUCUUCUAUUUGGGGGAGAUGUGUUAAAUAAAGAGUACUCCUAUCCCAGAA